AUGGACUUCUAUAUUCUCAGAAACCUGGAGGACUCCAUAGCGUUUCCAGUGGUAGAGGAAAUUGUGGUAGGUGCAGAAGAGGAGGUGGGGGACGUUGAAGAGAAAGUGAAUGCACCACCCAUGCCACUAAUUCCGGAAGAAUUAGAGCAGGAAGAAGAUGAGGAGGAGGUGGAGGAAGAUGAGGAAAAAGAAGAAGAAUUAGAGGAGGAAAUAGAGGAUGACCAACCAAAUAAUGUGCACUAUCAUUUCGUUCAGAAUGUUGCGGUUCGACGCCCAUACUCUCGCUCACCAUCCAGAAGCCUUUCGCCUAAUGAGGACACCAGUGAGGACGAGCCAGAGAUCGACCAUGACUUCCUCGCAUCUCAAAUGGCUUCGGAAAGACGUCGUCUUCGUGCAAGAAGAGAAAGACAGGUUCGUCGGGACGCGGAGAUUUUUGUAGAGGGAAUGGAAUUCGAUUUGGAUCAAGAGGAACGUUACAGAGUCAUUCAGAACUAUGUUGAAGAGUUCCAUCAAAAUCAAGCAGAGGACACGAGCGAGGACGAUAAUGGGGAAAACGUCUAG